AUGAGCGAGCCGCGCGAAUUUACCCCCGCAGAGAAGGCGAGGGAAGCAAAGCUGCGACAAGACCCCAUCGUCGUUAUCCAUAGCCCCCAGCUUGUCCAAUGUUCUCGCUGCGAGAGGAUGAUCAAGCUGUCUACAAAGAUGGCGUGGGAUCCCGCACAUUGGCAGAAACAUCGCUCGCGCUGCGUUAAGCGAUCAGAGAAGGAGGUUCUCGAGCUCAAGGAGACAAAUCUCGCCGUACUGACUUGCACCUCCGAUGUGAAGCUCGCUCGAACACCGCCCCGGAGGCGGAGGACGGCCAGCCCCCGCACCCCACCGAGUCCCUUAAGUCCCCUUACGCCACCUCCAUCAUCGGAUCGUGGGCUGGCCUCGAAUGGGGAUAUCCCCUCUCCGCUUUCGUCCUGUGAAGACCUUCCCUCCGCUGUUCCCUCUGUUCUCCUCCGAGAUCCCGGCCCCACCUUUGAGGAAUAUCUUCUACGCACACGUCGACGCCUCCCACGCGAUCUUCCGCCCUCGCUGCUCGACAGCUGGCGCGCGUGGACUUGGGCGAAACUGAAGCCCCCAUUUCUGGUCAACCACCAGAGUUCCGAUAUGUCGGAUGACAGUGACGAUGAUUACACUCUUGUGCUCGUUUCCGAUGCCCGGAGCGAUCCCCCACCUCGCCGGCAGGUCUUACCCACACAUCCCGUACCAUCGCGCGCCCCCUCCGUGGGGUACAGCUAA